AUGUCUGCCCAAACCGAAGAAACAGGGCCAAUUUCUCUUCUGAGCGAAGAUUUACUGUCCUUGAUCCUCAACAACGUCACCGACCAAGAACAUAGAAACUGGUGCUCCGAGGUUUGCAAGCAAUGGCUUAAACUCGAAGGUCUAAGCCGAUCAUCACUCUCCGCUCGCAAACCCGAGUUUCCUCUUGCUAUACUGAACAGGUUCCCGAAUCUUGUCCAAUUCCAAACCACCCAACUCACGACAGAUUCCGACCUCGAACUCCUCGCCCGGAAAUGUCCCAAACUUGAGGAAGUCAAGGUGGUGGAUUUCACCUCAUGCCAACAAGGCUUCUUGGGUCGGAAAGGCAUGUCGGCAUUGGGAUAUGGUUGUCCUAAAUUGUCCAAGGUCUCGCUGAUUGGGGACAAGAUUGGAAAUGCUGCCGUUGUGGAGCUUGUGAAUGUUGCGCGGAGCUUGUCGUCAUUGGUAUUGGGGCAUAAUUUGAUUGGGGAUAUUGCUCUCAGAGCCAUUGCAUGGUCUUCGGUUACGAUUCUCGAGUUGAAGAGCUGCUGCAAUGUUACCGAUGACGGGUUGGGUUGUUUGGCUAGCGGGUUUACCUUGAAAAGACUCAAGACAUUGGUGGUAAAGAGGUGUAAGGUCACGGAUGAUGGGGUGAAGAGUUUGAAGAAAAUGCGCAGCUUGGAGAAGCUGAGUUUGUGUUGGUGUACCGGAGAGAUUACAGAUGUUGGAGGAAUGGCGAUAUCUGCGAUUCGGAAUCUCAAGGAGUUGAAAUUGAAGGGGAUAUAUGGCGUGUCAGACCUUACCGUUUCCGCGCUUGCAUUUUGCAAGAAGUUGGAAGUGCUUGAUUUAAGUGGCUGUGAAGGGGUGACAGGACCUGGCAUUCGUGCAUUUUCAAGUCACCAAGGCUUGAGGCGCCUUGUGUUGCUCGGUUUGAGGAGUUUUGGUCUUUCUGAUGUAGAGACCUUGGUGCUUGGGUGCCCGUCGUUGGACGUUGAUUCUGUUGUGGUGGAAGAAAGAUGGAGGAAGGAUCCUACUUGGAGAGAUGAGUUGAUGCAUUGGAAAACUAGAUUAGUUCUCAAGUUCUCUAAAUAUAAGCAUCACUAG